ACUUUAAAUAGUAGAGAAAACGGUGCAUGUAAGGCCAUUACAUCAUCAAACCUUCCUAGAGGGGGAUAUACUAAUUUUAAGAAUCAAAUGGUGUGAAUUUCCCAAGUCCUACGGACAACAAAAACUUACUGUGCUUGUUAAUUAUCAUUCAGACCACCGAAAUUGAAACAUAUACUACAAAGAAGAUAUCUAGUGAUUUUCCCCACACAAAUUUGAUUGUGAAGUCCCCAUACCGCUGCUUGAACUCGUCUGGUACGCCCCUUGGCCAUGACGUUGUUCGUUCUACUGCUGAAUGUCAGGAGCUGGGAUUCGGAAUCAGCUGAGUUGGUAACUUUUAGGACGUUUAAUCUUAGUGGCUUGUUAUUAGUAUUUAUCCAAAAUCUCUUGUUUGAUGUAGAAAAUGGGCGAAGACCAAUGAAUGCAAACUAUGUCUGAAAGGACGAACUGAAAGUCUGUGUUUUGUUGCUGAACUCUUCGACGGGCGGCUGUAGCAAAUCGUAAUUAAUCGUCUGAGAAACAUCGUAGUUUGAGCCCAAUAGAACGAUUAGGUUUACUGCCUGUGGGACCGUUUGAAAAUCUUGCUCUUUAUCCUUUUUUUUUUUUGCAUUGGAUCAGUUUGGACUGCAGGUUCCACCGUGGACGUAAUGGCUUCGAUGUCGGAGCCUAAAAGAAGUCGAACAGUGGAAGAUUUCAAUCAGUUUUGUACUUUUGUAUUGGCAUAUGCAGGGUACGUUCCCUACCCUGAUGAGCUGAGACAGCAUGAACCGUGGCCUCGCGCCAACCUCAGUCCUCGCAACAGUACUGGCAGCACACUCGAUAGUGACAGUUGGGAGUCAUCCCACUCUGUGGAUUCUCAUGGCUUGCACUGUGGGAAGAAAGUGAAAAUCAUCAAGCACAAAGCGGGAACAACACAAGGGAGGUCAAACAAUCUGAUAGGAUGCCAUAGUUUUCCUACUAUGCCUCGUAUACCCAAGAAGGACAAGAAAAAUAAAAAGCAGUGUCUUAAAAGGCUGAUCUUGCAAGCAGAAAAGAAAAAGAAGUCAUCACUUUCUCACAGUUUUACGGAGUCAGGAGAGAUGGUAAAACUUCCAAGUUUCCAGUUAGAUCCCAAAGUGAGGAUACCAUCAGAACGGUUAGUGAGUACUCCCAUCGAUGUUUCUGUUGAAGCGAACUUUGGGUUGCACAGUUACAAAAAUCCCCUGGUGGACUUUCAGCCUAGGUCACUGCUGGAGGACUUUACCAAGGUAGAGCAGUCGACAAGGACGGAGUUUAACACCACCGUGGAUUUUACUGUGCAAGACUUGCCUGGUACUAUACAUGGUGAUCAGCUGGAAGAAGAGUUGCGACAAGUAGUCAAGGGUGAUAUUCCUGUGAAGAAAGAAGAAAGGCUAGCAGAUAGCUAUAGUGAGCCAUGGGAGAUGGCAGAAAAUUUAAGUCUAAGUCCAGCCUCUCUGGAUUUGGCACAGCCUUCAUUGAACAGCGCUGGAUCAGAAGAUUCGUGGGAUUUGAUCACUUGUUUUUGCAUGAAGCCCUUCGCAGGACGUCCUAUGAUUGAAUGCAAUGAGUGUGAAACAUGGAUCCACUUGUCUUGUGCCAAGAUCCGCAAGACCAAUGUGCCAGAUGUGUUUGUUUGCCAAAGGUGCAAGGACUCUAGGCAGGAGGUCCGAAGGUCAAAUAGAGCACGUACAGGGCCUCAUAAACGUUUCAGUGAAUAGGGAUGGUACUACUCUUAGAGGGAGGAAUGGUACCCUAGAACUGGAAGAACAGAGUAUUUGUCUGCCUUUGGUAAAAGUUGUAUAUAGUAAAACUGAGGAGCUUUGUAAAUUAUAUUUCUAGAAUUCUGUGUGUUGAAGGCUUCUGGAGGUUUCCUGGAGAAAUUUGUUAUUGCAACAGUUUUACUUUGCUCAUUCAGACCUGUAUGAAUGGCUCGCAUUUAUGGAUGUCAUGUGACACUUGGUUGGAUGCCUCUCCUACACCAUUUUACUACAUGUAAGCACAACCACAGUCCUCAUUUUUCCAGCAGUGCAGGAGUUCUUUACUUAAUGUAAGCUAGCUCAGUGUAUAUUAAGCCUGCAACUUUUGUUUCUGUUUUAAGUACAUAUCUUGAUCUUUGAGUACUUCUCGUCCUCUCUGGUUUGACUGUAUUGCAGUUUCUGGAAAAAAAAACUUUUUGAAGGCCAGUUCAGGCAUUUUUAAUUUAAAUUGGGGUCUAAACAGCUUGUGUCCAUUGCUGUGAACUGGAGUUGUUGUGGAAGUGUUUUGAAUAACAGCUGAGCUCUGGUUAGGUAAGGCAACAACUUUGUUAGCCUCAAGACCGACUGCUUAGUGCCGUAUAGGUUUUAUGUCUGGCUAGCCUCUGCAGUUAGACUGAAUGGUAAAUGGCAAUGUUUAAUCACGUUUGAGCAAGGAGGGCAGUUUCAUAAAAGCCUUCUGGAGAGUUUACCUCCCCCCGUUCCAGAAUUCAUUGACUUGAUACAUUGUAGCUUAUAGUGUGAAAGGACUUAAGUUUGUGUCAUGGGAAGGUGAUGCUUUAACCUGUUUUUGUCUGGCUUCCAUAAGGGCUGACCGAAACGAAUGGCUGUUUUAAUAAGUCAUUUAAAAAGUGCCUUUGUUUGUUUUUACAUCUUUGAUAGUGCUUGCAGACUGGAAGUUAAAAGAAUUUCUGUUGGUGCUCUGCAUAUUUGACUUCAGUACACACUCCUCUUUGUAAACAAAUUAAAUUUUUUUUUCGUAAUUUAAUGAAUAAACCACUUUUGAUGAUAGGUGA